AUGUUGGAAGGUCUGGUCGCCAAUCUACUGAACCGUUUCCUGGGGAUGUAUGUUAAGAACUUCGAUCCCAAGCAAUUGAAUGUUGGCAUAUUCUCUGGCGAUGUCAAGCUCCGGAAUCUCGAACUUCGCCGUGAGGCCCUGGACCAGUUGCACUUGCCGAUUAAUGUGGUCGAUGGUCGGCUUGGAGAGCUCACACUGUCGAUACCAUGGUCCAAUCUCCGGGGCAAGCCUGUGAAAGUCAACAUCGAAGAUGUCUUUCUACUCGCUGCUCCUAAGGAGGAAGAUCAGUUCGACGCCGAGGAAGAGGAGAAGCGAGCCGUUGCCGUCAAGCUGGAGAAACUCGAGAGUGCCGAGCUUCUCAAAGAACGUAACGUUGAGGGUAUGAGUAAGGAAGAACAACAGAAGAAUCAAAGUUUCGUAUCCAGCUUCACCACUGCCAUUGUCGACAACUUGCAGAUCAGCAUCAAGAACAUCCACAUUCGAUACGAGGAUGCAAUCGCCUCACCGGAUCAUCCCUUCGCUGUUGGUAUAACACUGAAGGAGAUGAGUGCUGUUAGCACGGACGGAGAUUGGCGUCCCACGUUCAUACAGUCGACUUCGAGUACGACACACAAACUUGCUGUACUCAACUCCUUGUCCGUGUACUGGAACAGUGAUGCCGAGCUGUUUGGUACUGGCAAAGGCAGUGAUCAGGAGGCAGCAGCAGAGAAGCUGGGCACCGAGGAAUUGAUUCGUCGCUUCAAGGAAAGUAUCGAAAAGACCGACAAUUCGCAAUAUCUGCUGAAGCCGGUCAGUGGUCGGGCCGGGCUAGAGAUCGACAAGACUGGAAGCACAGACCGUCCUCGAAUGAAGGCGCGUCUCAUGUUCCAGGAAUUUGGUUUCGUUCUCGAUGAUGAGCAGUAUCGUGAUGCAUUGAUGUUAGUUGAUCUGAUGCAUUAUUUCAUUCGGCACCAGGAGUACAAGAAGGACCAGCCCGUGAAUACCCCCAAGGAAGAUCCUCAAGCAUGGUUGAAAUUUGCAGGCCACGCUGUUUUGAACAAAAUUCACGACCGGAACCGCCGCUGGACCUGGGACUACUUCAAGGAGCGCCGAGACAUGCGCCUAAGAUACAUCGAACUGUUCAAGAAGAAGAAGAAAGAACAGCAGCUCACAGAGGAUGAAAAGAAGGAUCUCGACUCGCUGGAAUACAAAUCAUCUUAUGAAGAUCUACGUUUCUGGCGGUCUUUGGCCCGCAAUCAAUUGCGCAAGGAGAAUGUCGGUGUUCCGAAGCCUGCUCAGAAGCAGACAUGGGGACAGUGGAUGUGGGGUCAGAAGCCACAGGAGAGUGAAGACACUCAAACAGAGAUGACUGAAGAGGAUCGUAAAAAGCUCUACGAGGCGAUCGACUGGGAUGAGAAGAAAGCCAUUGCUGACAGUGUCGAUCUUCCCCGUGAGACCGUCAAACUGCAGAUCGAGUCUGGUCUGCGCACAGGUAGCUUCACGCUGAAGCGCGAUCCUCACGGAAAAGCCGCCGAGAUUCUGAAGUUGGUGUUUGACAACUUCAAAGCCAAAGUACUCCAACGACCUGACUCCUUCCUCGCCGAUGUAAAUUUGGGUGGCUUUCGUGUCUACGACGGAACGACCGAGGGCACAUUGUUCCCGCAAAUUGUCAAGGUCAAAGGCGUCGAAGAACAGCCUAAAGACCAGGAUGUGGACUCUGACAGCGCUGACAUAGCUGAUGGUGAUGCUAAAGCGGACGAGGAUGAGAAUGGCCUGUUCCAUCUCGUCUUCGAGAAUAACCCACUGGACGAGAGCGCUGAUACAGAAAUCAAGCUUAAACUCAAGAGCCUCGAGUUCAUCCACAAUCCACUUUUUGUGGUAGAGAUUGCCAGAUUCUUCAAGCCGCCUGCGAGGCAGAUGGAAUCGAUCGGAGCAUUGCUGGAGACUGCCGGCGCUACCGUGGAGGAGAUUCGACAACAGACUCGAGCCGGCCUCGAGUUUGCCUUGGAAGAACACAAGACCAUAAAUGCCAACCUUGACAUUGCUGCGCCCAUCCUCAUCAUCCCUGAAUCCAUCACCAAGCAGAGCGCGCUUUGUAUGAUCCUUGAUGCUGGUCACGUCAGUCUACAUUCCGAGGUAGUAGACAAAGCAACCCUUCAGGAGAUACAUUCGAAGCGAAGAAAACAGUAUACCGAGCAGGACUUCCAGCAGUUGGAAGGGCUCAUGUACGACAAGUUCCAUCUACGACUCGAUUCGACUCAGGUUCUGCUCGGUCCAGGUAUUGAGGCAACAAGACGGGAGCUUGAGUCAACUGAAGAUGCGCAGAAUCUUCAUCUGAUUGAUCGAAUCAAUAUGGAUUUCUUACUCGAACUUUCCAUUCUUCCGAAAGCUCCAGACAUCACGAGAACAAGGAUAUCUGGUACUCUUCCGGUACUUCAUGCAUCGAUAUCCGAUCGCAAGUACAAGAACCUGAUGAAGCUUCUUGAUGUUGCCGUACCGAAGUUCGACAAGUCGACACCGGAACAGACUUCGGCGGACGGCCAUGAUGGCGGCAGGCCUGGCUCCGACAACGUCAGAUCAAAAAGAAAGUCUGUAGCGCUCCUGGAAAAGAAGGAUGAAGCAGUAAUCGAUCACGACUCCGACUCCGAAGAGGCAUCUAAGCAAAAAUCAAAAUCGCAGAAGUCAGAGGAGAAGGAAAAGCCGCUGAACAUCCACCAGCGAAACUUCGAACUUAACUUCAACAUCGAGAAGCUGCAAGCAUCUCUAUUCAAAGCUGAUCCUGAAGAUCCCAAGAGGGACAAGCUCCUUGUCGAGCUCGUGGCUGAACACUUCGCUCUAUCGUUCUAUCUCCGGCCCUUCGAUAUGGUCGCAGAGGUACGGCUCGGUGCUCUUACUGUUGAUGACCACAUUGAACAGGAACCUCUGCCAGAAUUUAAGCAGAUUAUCUCUUCCAAAGGCUUCAAGGCUGAAGAAGGCAAGGAUCUCUUCAAUGUCAAGUUCGUCAAGGUCAAUCCGGAAUCUCCAGAAUUUCAAUCCACGUACGAAGGCAUCGCCACAAAUCUCGACGUGGCAAUAUCGACAAUAAACCUCAUCGUGACAAGGAGAACUCUUCUGACUUUGCUUGACUUCGUGCUGGUAACUUUCACGAACCAGGGCGAGGCGCCGAAAGACACCAAUCCGACCAAUAACGCUAACAAUGAUGUCAAAGCGAUUGACUCCACAGAUUCUCAAGCGCCUCAGAGCGACAAGAUACGGAUCAAGGCCCAGCUGAGCAGUAUUGCAUUGAUUUUGAACAACGAUGGCGUGCGACUGGCGACACUCAGCUUGAACUCGGGCGACGUCGGAGUCUACCUCGAUGCUCCUACCAUGCAGGUCAAGGCUCGUCUAGGCAGUCUCACUCUGGUCGACGAUAUCAAUCAGGGUGCGCCCGAGGAUUCUCCACUACGAAGACUCAUCGCGAUCGAGGGUGACGACCUGGCUGACUUCAAAUAUCAAACCUAUGAUCCAAAUCGUCAGGGCUAUCCGGGGUAUGACUCGGGUGUCUACCUUCGCUCAGGCUCAAUCAAGCUCAACUUUCUGGAAGAGCCGUUCCGCAAGAUCAUGGAAUUUGGCGUCAAAUUUGGCAAAAUGCAAGGUAUCUUCAAUGCCGCUCGACAAGCUGCUGCCAACCAAGCAACACAGGUCCAGGAAUCUGCAUCGAAGAUGCAUUUCGACGUACUCGUCAAGACGCCAAUCGUUGUGUUCCCACGAGCUAUGAUUGAUGAUCGUCCACGAGACCUUCUUACAGCAUACCUGGGAGAAAUCUACGCCAGCAACAAAUUCGUGGGAGUUCAGGGCCAGAAAGACGGUCCGUUGGUGAACAAGCUCACAGCAGGCAUUCGACAUAUUCGUCUGACGACUGAAUUUCACUACGAGGACGGACAAUCUGAGGAGCUUGAAAUGAUCGAGAAGGUUGAUCUGGAUUUCAAGAUUAGGUAUUUGGAGCACCAAGACGGCCUCGAACGUCCGGAUCUAGAAAUCGAUGGCAAGAUGUCAGACGUCAAUCUACGAGUCUCUCAGACUCAGAUGAAGCUCCUACUCGAGCUAUCGAAGACAAUUCCGGCAGCCUUUGCCACUCAGGUCGAGACUGACGAAGAAAUCGCGGAUGAGCUUCCGACGACGCCCAACACGCCCAUGAAAGCCAGCCAAGGAGGUGCCAAGAGCGUCACAUCAGCUCCCGAGUUGAGCGGGAGUGACGAGACAUGGACCAAGUUGAAUCUUGUCUUUGAAGCGCCUCUUAUCGGUUUAGAGCUUAUUCUGGCAAAGGAGGACGAGCCGACUGGAGUCCUGGACUCGGCAAGUCUGUCAAAGUUCUCCUUGAACAAGACCAAUGUCAAGAUGAGGAUGAUGAGUGAUAACGCACUGGAAGCGGAGCUGCUCGUACAUUCCUUCACAAUUCGCGACAGCCGCCAAAAGGACACAAACAAGUUUCGCAAGAUCAUGUCGCUGAUCAACAACGAUGUACAGCAGCAGUUCAUGCUCAGUGUAUCGAUAUCCGGUGGCUCGGAUCGCCACAUGAUCGUCAUGCUCACCAUCGACAGCCCGAGAAUCAUCUUUGCAGUGGACUACUUGUUUGCAUUACAAGCAUUCGCAAACACUGCUCUUGCUGUGAACGAUCCGCAGCCUAUUGCGGAGGCCGAGGAAAUCUACGAUGACGACGAGAACGAUGAACCUGCGAAAGCCACGCAGACGAGCACUGAGUCGGAGUCUUCCAUGACGACCUCGUUCAGAGUUAAUAUCGUGGAAGCACAGGUCAUACUGAUCGCCAAUCCGACGAUCUCGAACACUGAGGCCAUCGUCCUCGGGACCAAGGGCAUCCUUCUGUCACAACAGAACUCCACGACCCUGCAAGUAACCAAAGUCGGCAUGUUCCUCUGUCGUAUGGACAAGUUUGAGACCAGUCGUUUACGGAUCCUGGACGACUUCUCCAUCAACAUGUCAAUGCAGAGCCGAUCACAAGACAAAUCGUCCUCUUUGACUUCCAUGCACAUUGAAAUUGAGCCUCUGGUGCUAAGGCUUUCGUUGCGAGACAUUCUGCUUGCGAUGCAGAUUGCUGCCAAGGCGACUGCAACGUCGUCGCAGGAGAAGAUGCCUGAACACGAGGAGCCAAAGCGAAUCAAGGACCUCAAAGCCGACUCCAAAGCGCCAUCUACGAGACGGAAGUCCGCUGCAGGCGCUAGCGUGUCCCGCACGUCUCGGACGAAGUCAGUCGCUGCGCAGUCUAAGCAGACCAAACCUAAGGCGCAGCGAGCUUCAGUCGUGAUGAAACGCGAGGAGAUGGUCGCUGAGAUCGAUGGUAUACGAGUGAUUCUCAUUGGUGACAUGCACGAGCUGCCGCUGCUUGACUGGAGUGUCAAGAAGUUUGACGUGAACGUCAAAGAUUGGUCCGGGGCAAUGAGCGCCGACACCAACCUCAACACCUUCAUCAACCUGGGCUUCCAUAUGGCGAAAGAGCCAGAGCAGGAUAUGAUGUCCGUGGAGCUGUACUCGCACAAGAACAUGGAGUUGACAAUCACGUCUGCCACUAUCGCUCUUGCUUCUAAAUCGUUCGAUUUUCUGAGCACAGAUGAAGACAUUCUGUCGAAGCCACGUACAGCUGAUGCACCGUAUCGGAUCCGGAAUUAUACUGGCUUCGAUCUCUCGGUUUGGGCAGAUGAGAAAAGCGAAAAUGCUGCUGCUGCCAAGCUCAGUGACGGCGAAGAAUACGCCUGGCGCUUCGAGGAUGCGACUUCAAUGCGUGAGAACUUGUCGCCAGAAGGCAACGCUGGACUGGUCGGCGUUAAGCUAGAAGGCAGUGGCUUCGAUAGUAUAGGCCGCAUUCCAGUCAUCCGUGAGGGCGAAACUCUCUAUAAUCUCAAACCCCGGAAGGACAAAGUUCAGCAUCGAAUGCUCGUGGAAGUCAAGCUUGGCACCGACAAUGUCAAGUACAUCACCUUCCGUUCACCGCUGCUGGUGGAAAACAAGACCCAGAUCCCCAUUGAAGUCGGCGUUUUCAGCCCAGAGGAGGGCACGCUGCUGAAGAUCGAGAAAGUCGCGCCGGGUGAGGCGAAGCCUGCACCCGUAGGAGCUGCCUUUGUACAUUCACUCAUUUUGCGACCCGAUCAGGGUUUCGGCUACGGCUGGUCGAACGAGCGACUCUUCUGGAAAGAGCUUCUGAAUCGCAACACCCGGACAAUCACUUGUCAGUCUGAGGGGCGAGACGAUUCUCCUCCCUUCUACUUCCAGAUGCAUGCGUCAUACGACCGGAAGGAUCCCAUGGUCAAGAUCUACCCUUUCAUGAGGAUACAAAUUACUGCACCCAUCGAGGUCCAGAACCUGCUUCCCUACGACUUCAAAUAUCGCAUCUAUGACAAGAACACGAAGAAGGAUUGGACCAACUUCCUUCGCCGAGGUGGCGUCAGUCCUGUCCACGUGGUAGAGCUCUCGCAUCUGUUGUUGAUCAGCGUUGACCUGGAAGAUACACCCUACAAGCAAAGCGACUUCGCCAUCAUCAACAGUAACACACAGGAGGAGUUCAGGCGUGAAAAGAAUUUGCAGCUCAAAGAUGAGCACGGCAACAAUCUGAGACUGAAGUUGCACUACACCAAUGUCCCACACAGCGGAGGUGCUUUCAAAGUCUCAAUCUACAGUCCUUAUGUGAUCCUCAACAAGACUGGUUUGGACAUGAACAUACAAAGCAAAGCCGUCUUUGGUGGCUCAAGAGCCAACCCGAGCAGUGGAUUCGCUGGAAGCUCUGAAGAGGGCAAGGCCAUGCCAUAUCUCUAUUCUUAUCCGACAGAUGACCGCAAGAACCGAUCUGUCAUGAAGAUUGGUGAGUCAACAUGGAGCAAAGCCCAGAGUUUUGAUGCAUUGGGUAGUUCCUACGAGGUGGUACUGCCUGCUUCUUCGGGUCGCUCGGAAAUGCACGUCGGAGUCGACGUGUCUGAAGGCGAAGGCAAAUACAACGUUACGAAGGUCGUCACCAUCACUCCCAGAUUCGUUUUGAAGAACAAGAUCGGCGAGAAUCUGGAACUUCGAGAGCCUGGGUCGUCGAACAUCAUGAAGCUCAAGAAUAAUGACUUGUUGCCACUAUACUUCCUGCGCCAGAUUCAGGACAAGCAGCUUUGUCUUUGUUUUCCGGGCGGCAACAAUCAAUGGUCGUCGCCGUUCAACCUGGCGAAUGUGGGGAUGACACAUGUGAAGCUAGCUAAACAUGGUCAACGACAAAAGCUUGUUCGCAUUGAAAUCAUUCUGGAAGGAGCGACUUUGUUCGUCCACUUCAGCAUCGAGACCAACCACUGGCCCUUCUCCAUGCGCAAUGAAAGUGAUACAGAGUUCCUUUUCUUCCAGGCCAAUCCCAACGUUGGCGAAGAUGAAGAAGAGGAUCGAGGCAGUGGUUGGAAGCCUAUCCGCUACAAGUUGCCACCCAGAAGCAUUAUGCCGUAUGCUUGGGACUACCCUGCUUCCAAGAACAAAGAACUCGUCCUUACUUCGGGUGGUCGCGAGAGAUACGUUAAGCUUGCUGAAAUUGGCAACCUGAUUCCGAUCAAGCUACCGCCGAGAGAAGCUGGUGAUCCCAUGCGCAUUAUCGAGGUCAACAUCGUGGCAGAUGGACCGACUCAGACUCUGGUACUUUCGAAUUACAAGCCUCAACGUUCACUUUAUCGACAGCAGACCGGUAUGUCGACGACCUCGCAGACUACUGUCAAUCAGGGCUUCGAAGUCAAACAGAUCGAGUCCGAGGUUACUUUCAAGGCAGAGCUUCGUCUGGCUGGUGUUGGAAUAUCUCUCGUAAACUCUAGCCUCAAGGAACUCCUCUAUCUCACGUUUCGGGAGAUCGAGUUCAAGUACGGCGACUCGAAGCUGUACCAGACCUUCAGUGCUACAACGAAAUGGAUACAAAUUGACAACCAGCUCUAUGGCGGGAUCUUCCCGAUCCUGCUGUAUCCCAGUGUGGUUCCGAAGACCGGCAAGGAAAUGGAGGCUCAUCCUAUCUUCCACGCCAUGGUCACUCGAGUCAAGGACGAUGCCUACGGUGUUCUCUACAUCAAGUAUGCCACGCUUCUCCUGCAACAAAUCACGAUUGAGUUAGACGAAGACUUCAUCUUCGCUCUUCUCGACUUCACCAAAGUUCCGGGAGCUUCUUGGACCGAGGAGAAAGAAGGACGACUUUGCGAUGACUCGGUGGAUGUGCCGGAGCCGACGCGGGAAGAGGUUGGUCAAGACGUGUACUUCGAGCUACUCCAUCUUCAGCCAAUUCAGCUCGACCUGUCUUUCGUUCGAACGGAAAGAAUCAACGCGGAGGACACGAUGAGCUCGAACCCAAUGAUGUUCUUUGUCAAUGUUAUGACGAUGUCUAUUGGCAAUGUCAACGAUGCACCCAUUAAGUUAAACGCACUGAUGCUAGAAAAUGCUCGGAUCUCGGUGCCUGCAUUGAUCGCCAACGUCCGCAACCACUACACGCAGGAAGUUCUGCGACAGGUUCACGUCAUCCUCGGAUCUGCUGACUUCUUGGGAAAUCCUGUCGGUCUUUUCAACAACAUUAGUUCUGGUGUAGCCGACAUAUUCUACGAGCCAUACCAAGGUCUGGUAAUGACUGACCGUCCACAGGAGCUCGGCAUCGGCAUGGCGAAAGGAGCCAGCAGCUUUGUGAAGAAGUCUGUGUUCGGGUUCAGCGACAGCAUGGCCAAGUUCACCGGAUCGAUCUCGAAAGGUCUCGCAGCUGCGACAUUGGACAAGGAGUUCCAAGACCAGCGUCGCAUGUCGAAGAAUCGGAAUCGCCCCAAGCAUGCUCUUUAUGGUGUGACUUCUGGCGGUAACGCCUUCGCCACCAGUGUGGCCAGCGGCAUUGGAGGUCUUGCUCGCCAUCCACUGGAAGGCGCAGAAAAGGAGGGAGCUUUCGGCUUCGUGAAGGGUGUCGGCAAGGGUGUACUCGGCCUGGCGACGAAGCCAGCCAUUGGUGCUUUUGAUCUUGCUUCAAACGUUGCUGAAGGUGUUCGGAACACCACAACAGUAUUCGAUGCCGAGGGCUUGGACCGUGUUCGACUGAGUCGCUUCAUCGGCAUGGAUGGCAUUGUUCGACCAUACUCUCAGAGGGAAGCGCUUGGGCAGUUUUGGCUGAAGACUUGUGAUGAUGGGAAGUAUUUCAACGAGGACUACAUUGCACAUCUGGAGCUCGAGGGCAAGGAGAUGAUGGUCUUGUUGACUUACAAUCGAAUUUUGAUGAUCCGGACUCGCAAGUUGCGCAUGGAGUGGGAUGUGAAGUUGACUGAUGUCCAGACUAUCAGCAAGGAGAGGACUGGCAUGAGCAUCGGUCUCAAGGGUGGCGCAAAUGGACCUUUCAUACCGAUCUCUGAGCAGAGCCAACGUGACUGGCUCUAUCGACAAAUUGCGAUUGCUGUCAAUCAUUUCAACGACAAGUAUAACGCGAAAGGCUAG